GCGCCGAGGCUGGAGAGCAGACGCGCCGAGUCACGCCGGCAAGGGAGGGGCCUCGGGCCCGGCGGCGACCACGGGAGCUGCUGACAGGAGCGGGAGCCGGAACGGGAGUCGGAACGGCGGGAGGCCGCUGGCAGCACCUGGUCCGAGAUGGGGUCCCAGGUCUCGAUGGACGUGGGAGCCGUGCAUGUGGUGAUCGUGGGCGGGGGCUUUGGCGGCAUCGCGGCCGCCAGCCAACUGCAGGUGCUGAACAUCCCCUUCGUGCUGGUGGACAUGAAGGACUCCUUCCACCACAACGUGGCAGCCCUCCGGGCCUCCGUGGAGAGUGGGUUUGCCAAAAAGACAUUCAUUUCCUACUCGGUGACCUUCAAGGAAAACUUCCGGCAGGGCCUGGUGGUUGAGAUAGACCUGAAGAAUCAGACGGUGCUGCUGGAGGACGGCGAGGCCCUGUCCUUCACAUAUCUCAUCCUGGCCACGGGCAGCACUGGGCUCUUCCCAGGCAAGUUUAACCAGGUGUCCAGCCAGCAGAUGGCCAUCCAGGCCUAUGAGGACAUGGUGAUGCAGGUCCAGUGCGCACAGUCCAUCGUGGUGAUCGGAGGAGGCUCUGCGGGAGUGGAGAUGGCAGCAGAGAUUAAAACAGAAUACCCUGAGAAAGAGGUCACUCUCAUUCACUCCCGAAUGGCCCUCGCAGACAAGGAGCUCCUGCCCUGUGUCCGGCAGGAAGUGAAGGAGAUCCUGCUCCGGAAAGGCGUGCAGCUGCUGCUGAGUGAGCGGGUGAGCAACCUGGAGGCGCUGCCUCUCAACAAGCAUCGCGAGCACAUCACGGUGCAGACGGACAAAGGCACGGAGGUGGCCGCCAACCUGGUGAUCGCCUGCAGCGGUAUCAAGAUCAACAGUUCGGCCUACCGCAGCGCGUUUGGUGAUCAGCUGGCCAGCGACGGCGCUCUGAGAGUGAACGAGUACCUCCAGGUGGAGGGCUACAGCCACAUCUACGCCAUCGGUGACUGCGCCGAUGUGAGGGAGCCCAAGAUGGCCUAUCACGCCAGCCUCCACGCCAGUGUCGCUGUGGCCAACAUCGUCAACUCCAUGAAACAGAGGCCCCUCAAAGCCUACAAGCCAGUUCUAAAACAACAGGAAGAAAACACAUGGAAAGAAACCCCUGGUGGAGACCUGGUUAAUUACAGACUGAGGCUCUUUUUAACGAGAAUAUAAAAUGCAGAGGGCUCUUCCCGUGGGCAGGACCUGCUCCCGCAGCCUCUGCCACCCACUUCCCUUUCAGCUGCCCUCCGCUCCCCUGCCGUCACCCUUCCUCUCUCCUUUUAAAAGAUAAAACCCAGCUCCUGUGACUUUGAUCCUCCUGAUUCCGGAUGGUGAGCGCGGUGGCCACCAGUGGGCGCGGGGCGGCUACUUGGCAUCAAGCUUGGCCAUCUCCUGCACAUAGAUGCCGAUGCUCUCGCUGUCGAAGAGCAGGAAGUAGACGUUCUUCAGUGAGGAUGCGCUCGAGUCGUCGAAGUGGGCCGAGAUGGCUUUGAGGGUCACCUGGGCUGCCGUCUGUUUGGGGAAGCAGUUUCUGUGCCAAAGGAAGAGAAGAGCUGACGUCACUUUGGUCCUGGGACCCAUGGAGUACUCUGCCCUCAGCCCGGGAUAGGGGCAAUGUGGUUCCUUCUCAUCUUGGCACCAGGUCCUUGUUCCUAUCACUCGGGGUCUCACCGUGUGCAGGCUGGUCCACGCAUGAUCUGCUUUCACCUCAAAAGAGGGACAGCCCAGGAGGGGGACAGACAGGGCACACUGUCCCCACUUCACAUAUGCCACACUGGCUCAGAGUGGCACAAUGGUUUUAGGGCUGUAUGGUGAGCGGUGGCCUGUGUUUGAAUCUAUGUGGCCUGACUCAAGUCCAGCUGAGCUUUAAGAACUACCAACUCAGCUAACACAACAUUGUUAAUCAACUAUACUCCAAUAUAAAAUAAAAGUUAAAAACAAACAAACAAAAAACCCCUACCCACUCAGCAUUUUAAAAAGCCAAUAUAGGGCUUCCCUGGUUACGCAGUGGUUGAGAGUCCGCCUGCCGAUGCAGGGGACACGGGUUUGUGCCCCAGUCUGGGAAGAUCCCACAUGUCGCGGAGCGGCUGGGCCCGUGAGCCAUGGCCACUGAGCCUGCGCAUCCGGAGCCUGUGCUCCGCAAUGGGAGAGGCCACAGCAGUGAGAGGCCCGUGUACCGCAAAAAGGAAGGAAAAAGAAAAAAAAGCCAAUAUAGGGAAUUCGCUGGCGUUCCAGUGGUUAGGACUGCAUACUUUCACUGCCAAGGGCGUGGGUUCAAUCCCUGGUCAGGGAACUAAGAUCCCAUAAGCCUCGCAGCACGGCAAAAAAAAAAAAAAAAAAAAAGGCAAUAUAGGUUUUAUUAGUUCCCUCAAAACUGGUUUACGUGCUGAACAGAUUGUUUAUUAAAGGGCAAUAAUGUAUGCUCAAAAGUACAUCUUCAUUAAUUCCUGUUUCAUGCAUUUCGUGUUCCUCUCGCUAACCUGUGUGGACGUGCCAAUGUAAUUUGAGCAGUGACGAUUCUGGGCAGGGCCCCAAAAGCCCCAGGAUGCCAUGGUGGAGCUGUGCGCCAGGGACGCAGCCAUUGUGACACCCCUGGUCAUUUGGGGUCAGCCACCAAGCCCCUUGGGCGGGUCCAGGAUUGGCCCGCCUAAUAAGAAUUCUUCUCACUCGGCUGCCCCGUCCCAAGCCCAGAACAUCUCGGCACGUGGGCCCAGCUAUGCAAAGAAUUCAACCCGCAGUGCCUCCAGGCCAGGCUGUGGAGACCCAGCGCUGCCUGCUCAGGUUGAGAUAGGAUUACGGCAGGAAGCUAGGCCUCAUUCCUUCCUUCUUCGCCUUCCUGUGACUCGGCUGUAACAGAAUGUCUUCAGAGUGUAAAUCAUAUCUGCGCUACAGAGGGGCUUCUCAGGAGAAAGGGUGUUCAGAAUUAAAGCAAUAACUCACACUGGCUGUGAGCGUGAGGGGAGAGGCCCUGCUACACGUGAGGGCAGACAGCCUCAUUAUUUACCUGAAAUACUGCUCCCAUGCCCAGUCGGGGUCUGUGGCAAUUAGAGCAAUCAUUUCUCCAACCCCUAAAAGCAAGCCCUUGCUGAGAGCCUUUCACUUCUCCAGCCUCAGCCUCGAGGCUCUCCCAGCCCCAGAGCAGCACCGGAAUCCCCUGGGGAUUCUGCGAUUGGCAUCCUAACCCCGUGGGCUCUCCGCUGCUGGUCUGUGGACCACACUUGGAGGAGCAAGUGCCUUUGAGCCUGGUGUUUCGGAUCCAGUGCUCUAGACUGGGAUAGCUGGCAGGAACGUGGCUCUCAGAAGGCUCUCAGAAGAGAACUCUGCCUCCUG